CUUCCCCCGCCCCCUCCCUCGUGUGUUCGCCGGGUGCCCGUGCUUGACGGAUCCGCUCCCAGCCCGCCUCUGCGCACAGACUCCAGCAAGACACCCUGUGGGGCUUCCCGGGGGGAGAAGGGACUUGCCACCGACACAACCCUCAGCCUCCCCCCCCCCUCCCCUUCACCUUCCAUCGCGGCAUUGGCUUCCCAAGGCACCCGCGGCUGGGCGUGGAGCAGGGAUGCAAAGGGAGGAAGGCUGAAGAUGGAUGGGCAGAGGAUCCAGCGGCAGAGGAGACGCGCUGACGGGGGUUUUCUGCUGAGAAGGGCGCUCCGCUCUUAAAGAGACGGCUGCUUCGCUUGGACUCUGCCACCCGUCCGGCUUCUCCUCCGGGCUUGCCCGGGAGCGAACCGAAGGCAGAGCAAACAGGAGACUGGCAGGGGAUCGUAGCGGCACCGCGGGGCGUCCAGGGUCUACCCACGCCUGCACUCUCCCGGGGAAGGAGACGACCAUUUCCCACCAGCCUAGCUUGAAUUUCAAGGAGGCCUAAACCAAAGGAGCCGAAGACUCUUCCCCGCCUCUGUUCCUGUCUGCACUGAUGGUGAGAGGGAAGAGCUGGCCUUGUCCAGUGCCAAGGCCAGGGAAAGGGCCAUCCGGAGUGAUGAGGGAGCUGAAAACAACAGUUUGGACAGAUUGGUGCCUCUUCUGCUGACUGUCCUUCCCCCCACACGUUUUUUUUUUUUUUUUUUGUAGGCAACAUCUGGAUACAAACCUUCCUCCCUUCCUGUUAACAGCUGGAUGAGAAUCAAAGCCCCACCAGGUGCAUGCAAUGGCCGGCCAAUGCUGUUUAUUUCUUGGCCCCCAUGUGCAGGGGGGAGCAGGCGUGAUUCAGGGACUUGAGACCCCCGUGCAUUGAGGAAUAUCUUCCCGGGGUUCAAUUUGCAAAUGGUUGCUGGGGACAGGCAGUCCCGAGAAGACCAAAAGGGAAAAAAUUGGGACGGGAAAGGAGGAGAGACACCCCAAACUCUGGCUUCUCUGCUAAUUAGAUCCGGGGAGGUGCAUGUGUCUUUUGUAUUCGAAAAGCUGUUUUGAUUAGGAGUGGGGAGCGGCUGGAGGGAGCUGGGUGGUUGGAGUUGCUAGUUGCAGCUCGUGAUUCUGUUUGUUUGGAGCCCAGCCAAUUUUUUCGUUAAAUUCAAUCUGAUUUUUGGUGACAUUUGAGAGGGGCGUGAGUGGGACCGGCAGGGGUGUUACAGAGCAGCCAGUUGACAGCUGCAGCACAGGGGGAGGCAGUGGAGACUCCCCGUUGGCUAUUGGCACAUUCCCCCAUUUGGCGCCUGGGUUUCCGAUUGGAACAUCUGGCUUGAGGAGGACGUGGGUUUGGGGAGGAGGGGUGUAGAACCGAGAUGCCAUUGCUGUUGCCUCCUUGCCCUCGCCUUUUGGUUACCCUGAGGUAAAUGGGAGCCAGAGCUCCAUCGGCAUAACCGUUGGCGUAGACAGGACCAGUUCUCCAAGGGUUGGCAGGGAAAAGUGGGCAGGCAGAAUGCCUGGGAACAGGGCUUUCACCGAGCCGGAAUACUCUGCCGAGUACUCUGCUGACUAUUCGGUUAGCCUGCCCUCGGACCCCGAACGUGGGGUGGGCCGGACCCAUGAGGUGACCGUCAGGAACUCGGGCUCGUGCCUUUGCUUGCCACGCUUCAUGCGGCUCACCUUCGCCCCGGAGUCCCUGGAGAAUCUCUACCAGACGUACUUCCGGCGGCAGCGCCACGAGACCCUCUUGGUGCUGGUGGUCUUUGCCGCCCUCUUCGACUGCUACGUCAUCGUCAUGUGCGCUGUGCUCUACACCACGGACAAGCUGGCCACCAUCGUGGUGGCCUCAGUAGGCCUGGCCGCCCAGAUCUUGCUCUUCGUCCUAUGCAAGUACGGGCUCCUGCCGGACCGCGUCACCCGCAGAUUUAUGCCCUACAUCCUCUGGAUUCUCAUCGCCGCCCAGAUAUUCUGCUACCUAGGCCUCAACUUUGCCCAUUUCCACCAGGCCAGUGACACAGUGGGCUGGCAGGCCUUCUUCAUCUUCUCCUUCUUCAUCACCUUGCCCCUCCGUCUCACGCCCAUCGUGCUCAUCUCGGCUGUCUCCUGUGGCAUCCACACCUUGGUGCUGGGGGUCACCAUCGCUCAGCAGCAGCAGGAUUCCAUCAAUGGAGGGACCUUGCUACGGGAGAUCCUGUCCAAUAUUGCCAUCUACCUGUGCACCAUCAUGGUGGGCAUCAUGUCGUACUACAUGGCAGACCGCAAGCACCGCAAGGCCUUCCUGGAAGCACGGCAGUCUCUCGAGGUCAAACUCAACCUGGAGGAACAAAGCCAGCAGCAGGAACGGCUGAUGCUUUCCAUCCUGCCCAAGCACGUGGCAGAUGAGAUGCUAAAGGACAUGAAAAAGGACCCAAGCCAGAAAGAGAUGCAGCAAUUUAACACCAUGUACAUGUAUCGCCAUGAGAACGUCAGCAUCCUCUUUGCCGACAUAGUCGGCUUCACCCAGCUGUCGUCCUCCUGCAGCGCCCAGGAGCUGGUGAAGCUGCUGAACGAGCUCUUUGCCCGCUUUGACAAGCUGGCAGCGAAAUACCACCAGCUGCGCAUCAAGAUCCUUGGAGACUGCUACUACUGUAUCUGUGGGCUGCCGGACUACCGUGAGGACCAUGCGGUCUGCUCCAUCCUGAUGGGCCUGGCCAUGGUGGGAGCCAUAUCCUAUGUGCGAGAGAAGACCAAAACAGACGUGGACAUGCGUGUGGGGGUCCACAGCGGCACGGUGCUGGGGGGUGUGCUGGGCCAGAAGCGCUGGCAGUACGACGUGUGGUCCACAGACGUCACGGUGGCUAACAAGAUGGAGGCUGGUGGCAUCCCAGGGCGUGUGCACAUCUCCCAGAGCACCAUGGACUGCUUGAAAGGGGAGUUUGAGGUGGAGCCCGGAGAGGGGGGCACACGGUGUGACUACCUGAAGGAGAAGGGGAUCGUGACGUACCUCAUCCUGGUGCCCAAGCCGCCUGUCAAGAACGGGAUCAAUGGAGUGAAGCUGUCCCUGACGUCCUCCCAUGGGAACUCCCCACUGUUGAUCAACACCAAGGAGUGUAACGGCAGCAUCAACACCACCUGCACCACACCCGACGAGGCCGAGGAGCUGGACACCAGGGCCCUGGGGGGCCUGGCCGUCUCGGGACACAAGGAGAAGGGGACGAGCUCGGGAGUGCCCCCCAGCAGAACCAGGGCCCUCCCCCUGCUUUUCCCCUUGGCCUGUGGCCUCCCACGCUUCACCGGGGUCCGUGGUGUCUCCGGCAGGCUGAAGGGGAAGUACACGUACCGCCUCUCCAUGCGCUUCAUCAACCCCGAGAUGGAGACGCGCUACUCCGUGGAGAAGGAGAAGCAGAGCGGGGCCGCCUUCAGCUGCUCCUGCGUGGUGCUCUUCUUCACCGCCCUGGUGGAGGCCCUAAUCAAUCCCUGGCUGGUGGCCAAUUACGUGACGUUUGUCAUUGGAGAGAUCCUGCUGCUCAUCCUGACACUGUGCUCUCUGGCCGCCAUUUUCCCCAGGGUGUUUCCCAAAAAACUCGUAGCCUUUUCCACUUGGAUCGACAGGACCCGCUGGGCCCGGAACACCUGGGCCAUGUCGGCCAUCUUUAUCCUCACCAUGGCCGACAUCGUGGAUAUGCUCAGCUGCCUCCAGUCCUACUCCGGCACCAGCAACAGCACCGCAGCGACCCCGCUGGCGGGGGGCUGCGUGGAGGACCCCAAGUAUUACAGCUACAUUGCUGUGCUGGCCCUCAUCGCCACCAUCAUGCUGGUGCAGGUCAGCCACAUGGUCAAGCUCACUCUGAUGGUCAUGAUCACCUGCGCUGUGGGCGUGGUCAACAUCUACGCCUGGCAGCAGAUCUUCGACGAGUACGAUAAGGGACGUUUCCAGGAGAUCGUGUACACCCUGGUCCCCUCCAAGUACUCCAUGACAGUGAUGAUCUUCAUCAUGAUGCUCAGCUUCUACUACUUCUCUCGCCACGUGGAGAAGCUGGCCAGGACGUUGUUCCUGUGGAAGAUCGAUGUCCAUGACCAGAAGGAGCGGGUGUAUGAGAUGAGGCGCUGGAACGAGGCCCUGGUCACCAACAUGUUGCCAGAGCACGUGGCCCGGCAUUUCCUGGGCUCCAAGAAACGGGACGAGGAGCUGUACAGCCAGUCGUAUGACGAAAUUGGCGUCAUGUUCGCCUCCCUCCCAAACUUUGCCGACUUCUACACGGAGGAGAGUAUCAACAACGGCGGGAUCGAGUGCCUGCGCUUCCUCAACGAGAUCAUCUCGGAUUUUGACACGCUCCUGGACGACCCACAGUUCCGGUGCAUCACCAAGAUUAAAACCAUUGGCAGCACCUACAUGGCUGCUUCGGGAGUGACCCCCGACGUCAACACCAAUGGCUACACCACCACCAUGAAGAAAGAGGAGCUUUCGGAGAAGGAGCGUUGGCAGCACUUAGCUGAUUUGGCUGACUUUGCCUUAGCCAUGAAAGUGACCCUGAUGAACAUUAACUACCAGUCCUUCAACAACUUCAUGCUCCGAAUAGGCAUGAACAAAGGAGGGGUGCUGGCAGGCGUGAUCGGCGCCCGCAAACCACACUACGACAUUUGGGGGAACACCGUGAACGUGGCCAGCAGAAUGGAGUCAACGGGUGUGAUGGGAAACAUACAGGUGGUGGAGGAGACCCAUCUCAUCCUGAAGGAGUACGGCUUCCGCUUUGUGCGCCGGGGGGCCGUCUACGUCAAAGGCAAAGGGGAACUGAUGACCUUCUUCCUGAAGGGCCGGGAGAAGCAGGGCUCUUUCAUCAAUGGCUCCUCAGUGACUCUACCGCACCAGGUGGUCGACAGCUCAUGAUGGAGCUGGGCUCGUGCUCCCACUAGUGACUGAAGUCCAGUGCCUCCCAUUGGCGAGAGGCAAGCAGCUUCGAAUGCCCAGUACUCUAGAAACGAGACUGAUAGUAACAUCUUUCAACCCACUGUCUAGAUUUAAGAGAAAACAACCCCUGGCCUGAUCCUUUUUUCCUGGAGGUUUAUCUUAGAGGGGUCUGCUUGACUUCAGCUCCACAUCUGCAGCUUAGCAGAAGGGAGACGGGAGGGACUGGUCUGAUUCUCCUACAGCUUACACGUGCAACCUCGUGCUGACACGGGGCUGGAUGGUGGGAAGGCGGAAGCCUCACAGCAUUUCAGGAGCUCUCACAAUUGCGGUAGACUCCUGUGUACUGUGGUAGUUCAGUCAAGAGAGGCAGAUGGCAUGGAUUUUAGUUAGGGCCACAGAUCUGGCCUCCACUUCAGGCUUGUUGCUGAGAGAGAAAAACUCAAGGUAGGUGGUAAGAGGAAAAAAAUCUCUGGGGCACUUGGGUUUUCUGGUAGUUCACACAAUGCUCAUUCUUGCCCUAAGCCACCGUAGCUAGGAGAUCAGAGCGAGGGUGCAAUAUUUCCUUUGACUUGGAGGUGAAGAAAUAAAAACCAAUGUUGUGUAUUUCAAAUAUAUAAAUAUAUAUAUAAAAGAUACAGAUUGACAUUUAUAUUUUUAAUUGUGUCUGUUAGACUAUUUGCGGAUUUCUCUAUCCGCUACUGCCUUGCACUCCGCUCUCUGCUGUUUUCACCUUUGCUAUCGCUUUAAGGAAGAGAUGGACAGAUAUUGGCAAAGAACAAGACUGUUUUAUUAAAGCCUUCAUCCACUAUUCUGUUGAAAAACAAAAGCAAUGUAAUUAUUUCUCUAGUUUCUUGAAUAGAACCAGUUGAAGUUAAAAGAU